AUGGAUAUUUUGAUAGGAAAGUCUUCUCGCGUCACUAGUGACUACAUUGGGACACACCCAUCUCUCAACGCUGUUCCAAAUCGCUCAGCCUUUAAUGGAUCUUUGGAUAGCGGAACAUGUGCUUCGGACCACUCCAACGAGGAUGAAGCACGAAGCUGUGUGAAUCUGCGUGGAGCUGGUGUGUGCUCUGUUGGCCAAGAAUUUUUCCAGAUCAGGGACUGCGAUCAUUACGUACUACAAAGCCUUACAUCUCAGCAGCGCCUUCUGCAGAUAGGGGCUCGUUGA